AUGCACCGGCACGGAGGUGUGAACCAGCUCGGCGGGGUGUUUGUGAACGGCAGACCCCUCCCGGACGUGGUGAGGCAGCGGAUCGUGGAGCUGGCCCACCAGGGCGUCCGGCCCUGCGACAUCUCCAGACAGCUGCGGGUCAGCCACGGCUGCGUCAGCAAGAUCCUGGGCAGAUACUACGAGACUGGCAGCAUCAAACCAGGGGUAAUAGGUGGGUCUAAACCCAAAGUGGCCACGCCGAAAGUGGUGGAAAAAAUCGCAGACUACAAGAGACAGAACCCCACCAUGUUUGCCUGGGAGAUCAGAGACAGACUGCUGGCUGAGGGCAUCUGCGACAACGACACCGUCCCCAGCGUCUCAUCCAUUAACAGGAUCAUCAGAACAAAAGUCCAGCAGCCUUUCCAUCCAUCUCCAGAUGGGUCAUCGCUGUCAGCGCCAGGCCACACAAUUGUACCAAGCACAGCCUCACCACCUGUAACCAGCGCCUCCAAUGACCCUGCGGGAUCCUACUCCAUCAAUGGGAUUCUGGGCAUUCCACGAUCCAACGGUGAAAAAAGGAAAAGAGAUGACGAUGGUUCAGAUGGUUCUGGCCCAAACAGUGAUUCUCAGGGUAGUGUGGAGAGUUUACGGAAACACCUGAGGGCGGAUGCCUUCACCCAGCAGCAGCUGGAGGCAUUGGACCGGGUCUUUGAGCGUCCUUCGUACCCCGACGUCUUCCCCACACCGGAGCAUAUCAAGCCAGAACAGGCUAAUGAGUACUCGCUCCCUGCCCUGAAUUCCAGCCUGGACGAAGUCAAGCCCAGUUUAUCCUCUAGCGCCAACCCAGACUUGGGCCCCAGCGUGUCGCAAAGCUACCCUGUAGGUCGAGACAUGGCCAACACAACCUUACCCGGGUAUCCACCUCAUGUUCCCCCCACAGGCCAGGGCAGCUAUCCCACCUCCACGCUCGCUGGAAUGGUUCCUGGGAGUGAGUUUUCGGGGAACCCCUACAGUCAUCCGCAGUACACAACCUACAACGAAGCCUGGCGAUUCAGCAACCCAGCAUUACUAAGUUCCCCUUAUUAUUAUAGUGCCGCAUCGAGAGGCUCCGCCCCUCCCACUGCUGCCACUGCCUAUGACCGUCACUAGUUACCAUGGAAACCAAAUCAACCUGCAGGACCAUGGCCUCAGCCUCCAUAUUGCUCCGGUGUGAACGGCACGGUCCACUGGUCACUGAGCAACUGCGCAUAAAAUGUUUCCGGCUCACACAAAAAGAAACUUCACCGUUUUUGGGGGAUUUGUGACGACUGCUUCCGUCUCUCUUUGGACACUCAAAGCCAAAACAUAAAAGAAUAAAGAAAUAAAUAAAAAAGAACCCUUGAGAAAUCAUCACAGACACUGAAAGAUGCUUCACAUUCACGAUGAAACUUGUGGCUCAUUGCAGUGGUUUUGAGAAAGAAAAUGACAAAAGGAAAAGACUUGUGACAAAAAUAUCCAGAAUUUAUUUUCACCUCCCACCGCGUCACGCUUUCAUCGCAUCACGGAUCAAUACUCUACAUUCCUUUACUUGAUGGCUCUCAGCAGGGACACUGUCCAGAGCUUGAAAUGUAGCAGAAGCAAUUUUUUCCUUUUUCAAUUUGUCUCCCUCUUGAUUCAAAUGGCAAACGCAGAGAGAUCAGAGGAGCAACACAUGCAGGCUGUGGCAAUUGUUUUGAUCCAUUUCAACAGUCACCGACCAAACAUCCAGCAUGAGUAAACCGAUCGCUUUUGAUGCCAUGAGAAGAUUAGGACAUGAUCUCUGUGAUACACAAUCAAGAUGUAAAAAUGAAAAUUAAAUGAAUAAAGAAACAUCAGUUUGAGAAUAGAGGGUGCCAUGAUAGUAUAGCACCAUGGCCCACUAUUUGCAAGGUUUCAAUGAACUAGUAAAUAUAUUCUUAAAAUGAUUUUUUAUUUCAUUUUUAUAAUUCGUAAUGACUAAACUGCAGACUGCUUGGCUAGUGUUUCACUAUUUCUUAUUUGUCAGGCUAUCAUCAGGCAAAACCUAUGUGGGUUUUUUUUAUUAUUAUUAUUAUUAUUUUGCACUAUUUUGGAGGUUUGGAACAUUGGAGCGUUAUUAUGCAGAAAAAUUAUGUGCAUAUUUGCUUUAUUUCACUGAACUGACUUUGAUAAGUCUCGGUCUGAAAAGGCACUUGCAGUUUUACAGUUAAUCUUGUAAUUCAAGCCCAUUAUGUCACUGACUUGAUGUGCACUAUACUACUUGUUUGUUCUUGAUGCUCCCUUUUCUAUUUAAGUUAAUUAAGUCUUUGGCAUCCAACCAUCAAAAAAAAA